GGCGUAGCGGCUCGCGUGCCUUUUCCUGCCUGAGGGCUCUCGUGCGGACUUUCCUCGGCCUCACAGCCUACUUGCCCAGCUCCUGUCCCAGCCUACCUUCUUUGCUUGCGGAGAAGGAGCCAAGAUGCCCGCCUCCAGCGUUUUCAUUUCUCCGGUGGGAAAGGAGAGGAAAGAUCUGCUUGUUGACGAGCGCUCGCUGAUCUCUCGUGUGUGUUGUUCUCUCUGUGUGUGUGUCUUCAGUUUCUGAAGCCCCUUUCUCCCAGAGGUGAGGAUCUCACUAUCCACAGCGAUUCAACCACACACGGGAUGACUCGUACUUCUGAUCUGUUCAUUCAGACACCCCGGAGGUGCAUUUCGAGGAUAGCCCGAUGUGCCUGCCCUUGGGCAACAGCAGCAAGAGGGUCUCUUGCGACACCAUCAGCACGUCCCAGUUCUUCACCCCCCGCGAGUCCCCCCUCACCUCCCCCCGCAGACUCGCAUCCACCACAGACUCGGCUGACGACGCCGAUGUGCCCACCCAGCCCACUGGAGCACCCACCAGUGGCGCCAUUGUCGUGGCGCCCAAGCAGCCGCUCCUCAGCUUCACCGACAGGCCUGACCUCCUGCCCACUGAGGCAGUGCUGAGGCGGAUCAGGGACGCACUCGCAGCAAAGGUGAGGACAUGAAGGAGGGAUGGGGAGGGAGGGAACGGGGCCAUGCUCAUGUGUGUGGUGUAUGUUGUAAUCCCCUGACAGAAAGAGGCGGCUGUUGCUGAGUUCCUGCAGUAUGCCAAGGGCAUGAACGGCUGGAUCGACUGCGGCACGAUCAAGGGCGCCCGCGUGCAGCGUCGGGAGUUCCACGACGGCCUGCCGCCCAUGAUCCGCGGCACCGUCAACUUCGGCAGCAAGUUCACGCCCUGGGACUUCCUGGACUUCCUGCGCGACUGGGACGCCAAGAAGGCCACCGACGACCAGUUCGGCCAAGGUGCGUGUGGGGUGGGUGAUGGGAGGGGAGGGGAGGGAAUGGGGAAGCUGAUCAGUGUGUUAUGUUGUGUUGAUCAGGUGCGUGUCUGUGUGAGUUCGACUACUACACGGCGGUGGCGUGGAUGAUGUUCAAGGGCAUGAUGAUGUACGAGCCAAGGGACUUCAUCCAGGCACUCUACACACACGUGGUACGGUACGACAGGCAGCGGACCUCACACGCAGCCAGCCACAGCCACAGACGGAACAACACACUGUCCAUCCAUCCAUUGGUGUGGGCGUGUGUGUGUGUGUCAUCAAUCAGGUUGCGCCCGGCACUGUGGCUCAGGUGGCUGUGUCGACGGAUGACUACCCCGAGCCCAGUGGUCUGCCCAAGAGGAAGGCAGUGCGCGCCAAGAUGAUCUUGGCCGGAUUCCUCUGCGAGUCCCUCCCCGACGGCACCAUGGACGUCACCCUCCUCGCUCAGGUGAUAUAUCAACUAACAACAACCACACACACCACACACCACACACACGGCGGGCGUGUUGAUGGUAUGGUGUGAUUGAUGUGCAGGUUGAGUUGAAGGUGAAGGUGCCGAAUGCGGUCAUCUCGCGGAUGCCCUUCUUCCUCGAGCAGCCCGCCGGCCUCGUCAAGGCCCGCAAGUACAUGGAGAAGAACGGCGUCAAGCGCAAGACCAACAGGCCCACCGACUACAGCGGCAAGUGAAGCAAGAUCAUCGAGCCGUGCAGUAGACCGUCCCUAGGUAGAUCAUAGGUAUAAGGACAGCUGUGUGUAGUGGGCAGCCGGGUGGGCGGGGAUGGCUGGCUGGCUAGCUGAUCGGUCGAUCGCAGUGCGAGAGCUGGGGUGUUGGUGUCUUGUCUGCUUUUUUGCGGUAGCUCGGCAGUGAUGGCUAGACAGACCAGACAGACAGAUGGUUAUCGUAGACGAUAUCCACCGCACCGCACCGCACCGCACCCUCUCUGCCUUAUCUCCAUUCCGUGCCGUGUGUGUAUGGUUAUGCGUGCCUAUGUGUCUGUCCGUCCGUCUGCUGCCACUUAUAGGGUGCAUUCAUUGCACGUAGAGAAACCAAGGAAUGCAUGCCGGUAGGUAGGAAAGUGUCUUUUGUCCUGUCUGUCGUGUCCAUCCCAUCUACGUGUCGGUGUCCGUGUGUGUGCGUCGUGCGUGUCUGUCGUGCCGUGCAGCUUAGCUUGCCUUGCCUACAUCCAUACAUCCACACGUAUACACCAUAUUAGCCCCGAGGCUUUUUUCCCGCUGCUCUAUUACUUACUGUCUGUCUGUGCUGUGUCGAUAAAUGUGAUGGCAUCCAACAGAUAUACACUCACUGCCGAUGAUCGAAUCUCUGCUGACUGCAGUCUGUACAGGCAAGGCAAUGGAAUCCAUGGAUUGCGCUGAGGGGGGCCGACACGACGCCCCGCCCCCUGCUGAGAAUGCACUCGCUGAUCGACCCAUAUGCUGGGGGUGGGCUGGGGCUUUUCGCUGUUUUUUCUCUUGCUCUCUCUGUCUUGGUUGAUGAUGUGCGUCGAUGGCCGUUGUACAGUGCGUUUCUUGCCUUGCCUUGAUGAUGUGCGUGCAAGAGUGAUCCCCCGACGGAUAUUGUUUUUCAGGCCGUCGGGCAGGCCUGCACGUCGUGACUGAUGCGGUGCGAUGCGAUGCAUGUGGUGUGGUGUGACCAGUCUGUGCGUGUGUGGACCACGUGGUUUUGCGUGCAUGCCAUGGUCUUGGAUCGAUCAAUGCCAUAGUGUCCGUGCAGUGCAUGUGCAUGGCCAUCCAUGCCGUCCGUGUGGACGACCGAGCGCGCGAUGGCGCACCCCAGUAGGUAGGUAGGUACACAACCGGCAGGCAGGCAGGCAGGCAGGCAGAGAGGGGAGGUACAGUGUGCUGGCAGCUAGAAGCUGUUCAUGGGUCACCCACCGGUGAGGGGCAAGUGUUAUUUGUUCACUCUAGGCAAUGCUUGGAUGGAUGGACAAUGACUUGACAGACAGGACAACGAACGGUUGGUUGAUUUGACUUUGCGUGGUUGCGUGUCGUGUCAUGCCGUGUGUGUGUGUUCCAGUGUGUGUUGCAUGGAUGGAUGGCAUUUGUGAGUGAAUCAUGCGCUAUCGCUCUUCACCCCUUUGCAUUAGGCAGGCAGGCAGGCAGGCAUGAACACACACACACACACACACGCACACACGCACACACACACGGGCAGAAAGGGAGAGAGAGAGAGAGGGGCACAUGCGCAGUGCACGCCCCCUCCCUCCCUCCCCCCUCUCUCCACACACAGCCCACCCCUGCGCACAUCCGUGUGUGGGAAGGUGCCUGCCUGUCUGCUGCGCACUCCUGCACACGCGCAUUCACGAAAUUCGCAAACCCUACGCAUAAUUAGGGUUUAGGGUGAGGGGUUUUAAACCCUGCGAGCUUAGAAGUGCUGCGGGAAAGGCACGCGCACAA